GAGCCAGCGUCGGCAGCCAGGACAGUGCCGGGCAUCGGGGUGCCCGCGGGCCCCAUGCUCUGCUCGGCCCCCGCGCCCCGCGCCUGAGAGCCCCCUCCCCCCCUGCACUGGAGACCCCCCCCACCAUGGCCAGCAACAGCAGCUCCUGCCCCACGCCUGGAGGUGGGCACCUCAAUGGCUACCCCGUGCCCCCCUAUGCCUUCUUCUUCCCCCACAUGCUGGGGGGGCUCUCGCCGCCCAGCACCCUGGCUGGCAUCCAGCACCAGCUGCCCGUCAGCGGAUACAGCACCCCCUCACCUGCCACCGUCGAGACGCAGAGCACCAGCUCGGAGGAGAUUGUGCCCAGCCCACCCUCGCCCCCGCCCCUGCCCCGCAUCUACAAGCCCUGCUUCGUGUGCCAGGACAAGUCCUCCGGGUACCACUACGGGGUGAGCGCCUGCGAGGGCUGCAAGGGCUUCUUCCGGCGCAGCAUCCAGAAGAACAUGGUGUACACCUGCCACCGCGACAAGAACUGCAUCAUCAACAAGGUGACCCGCAACCGCUGCCAGUACUGCCGCCUCCAGAAGUGCUUCGAAGUUGGCAUGUCCAAGGAGUCCGUCCGCAACGACCGGAACAAGAAGAAGAAGGACGUGCCCAAGCCGGAGUGCUCGGAGAGCUACAUCAUCACCCCCGAGGUGGAGGAGCUCAUCGAGAAGGUGCGGAAAGCACACCAGGAGACCUUCCCUGCCCUCUGCCAGCUGGGCAAAUACACUACGAACAACAGCUCGGAGCAGAGGGUGUCCCUGGACAUCGACCUGUGGGACAAGUUCAGCGAGCUCUCCACCAAGUGCAUCAUCAAGACCGUGGAGUUCGCCAAGCAGCUGCCCGGCUUCACCACGCUCACCAUCGCCGACCAGAUCACGCUGCUGAAAGCCGCCUGCCUCGACAUCCUGAUCCUGCGGAUCUGCACUCGCUACACGCCGGAGCAGGACACGAUGACCUUCUCGGACGGGCUGACCCUCAACCGCACCCAGAUGCACAACGCCGGCUUCGGGCCCCUCACCGACCUGGUGUUCGCCUUCGCCAACCAGCUGCUGCCGCUGGAGAUGGACGACGCCGAGACCGGGCUGCUCAGUGCCAUCUGCCUCAUCUGCGGAGACCGCCAGGACCUGGAGCAGCCGGACCGCGUGGAUAAGCUGCAGGAGCCACUGCUGGAGGCGCUGAAGAUCUACGUGAGGAAGAGGAGGCCCAACAGGCCCCACAUGUUCCCCAAGAUGCUGAUGAAGAUCACAGACCUCCGCAGCAUCAGCGCCAAGGGCGCCGAGAGGGUGAUCACGCUGAAGAUGGAGAUCCCAGGCUCGAUGCCGCCUCUCAUCCAGGAGAUGCUGGAGAACUCGGAGGGCAUGGACACGCUGGGGGGGCAGCCAGGGGGUCCCCGCGCCGGCACUGGGCCCCCCCCCGGGCAGCUGCAGCCCCAGCCUCUCGCCCAGCUCCAACCGCAGCAGCCCUGCCACGCACUCGCCGUGAGCCGCGCCCGGCCCGCACCAGGACGGAGCCCCGCGCGCCCCGGGGGGGGGCGCUCACGGGACACGACCCCCGGGCCUCGGCCCCGGCUGCAGCCCCCUCCCGGGGCGGACUCCUCGCAGCCCUUCGCCGGGACCCCCGCGGGGAGCCCCCCCCGGCCGGAGCGAGUCGGUUGAGUCACAUUUCAGGGGCGUGGGGGCCCUGGGCCGCCCCCCCCCCAGCCCCACCAGCACCAGCACACGCGGGACCGACACCACCGAGCCCCCUCCCCCUCCCCUGCCCCGGCCCCAGCCGCCUGGCGGGGGGG